AUAGCUGCAGCUUUAAUCCCAUCAUGGUUAACAUAUCUUUCAUUAUAGCUUUCUUUACAUCUAAAAAUUUGUCUAUGCUCACAGCAUUCCUCUGUUUUAAACCAGAUGAGGUAAAAGAGUUAAUGCAGCGAGGCUACGAUGCGGGGUUACGUAUCAGCGCCAACAACUGGAGCGACUCCGACCUGCCCCCCUACCGCGUGUUCCGGGAAGGUGUGCUCCUCGACUCGGGGUGCGAUGGAGCCGAACAAGUUCUCAGCAGAGCCUCCGAGAGCAGAGCGUUUAAUUUAAGAUACUCGUGGCUUCUACUGGACGAAAAUAACUUUAACGUCUCUUAUUUGGAGGAAAAGCUGUCAAAUUUCGCGAUUUAUCCGGAUGCCGAUGUGAUCUGGACAUCUGCCGACGCUAUGGUGGACGUAUACCGGGUGAAGAAGGACCAGCCCCUUGUUGUGUCCCAUUUAGAAAGAAAAGAGACUCGCGAGGGACUACAGAACCUGUGGAACAGCUUGCCAACAGCUGUGACGAGACGGAAAAAUCUCCACCACGUGUAUUUAAACUCGGCUACCAUUAUAAGCCAACCUCAGUACUUCAAGGGCUGGUCGGACCUCACUAAUCGUCAAAUCGACACAUUCCCCAAGCUGACCUACCCGCUCCUCAUGCUCGCCGCAGAAGAUCUGAAUUUCAGGUAUAAUCUGAAGCAAGUGGACCUGUACGGCGAGGAGCACAAUGGCACAUUCGACGGCCUGGUGGGGCGCAUGCAGCGCGGCGAGCUGGAGGUCGGCAUCACCUCCAUGUUCAUGCGCGCUGACAGGUGGCGCGUGCUGCACUACAGCGCUGAGACCAUCGAGCUCAAAGGAGCAUUCCUAUUCCGUCAGCCGUCUCGCGCGUCAGUAUCGAAUGUGUUCCUCUUGCCGUUUUCUCGCGGGGUCUGGGCGGCGUGUUUGGCAGUGUUCGGUACCGCGGCAGUACUGUUGCCGGUAGCUGGCCGGUCCGCUAGACACUCACCAGACCCUGUCACUGUCCGCCUGACCUUCACCGAGAGUUUUACAUACUCUAUCGGCACUGUUUGUCAGCAAGGUUCAGAUCUUUCGCCUCUACUAGUGUCGGUCCGUCUGCUCAUGUUCUGCACGCUGCUGACGUCACUGUUCGCGUUCACGUCGUAUUCAGCUAAGAUCGUAGCUAUUCUCCAAGCACCGAGCAAUGCCAUCCGAACCAUACCGGACUUGACGCGCUCGCCUAUGGAAAUGGGCGUCCAAGAAACUACAUAUAAGAAGGUGUACUUUGCUGAAAGCACGGACCCGGCAACCCAGGCGCUGUUCCGUCGCAAGCUGCAGCCGCUGGGCGAGCGCGCCUACCUCAGCGUCGUCGACGGAAUCGCGCGCGUGCGCACCGGACUCUUCGCUUUUCAGGUGGAACAGAGUUCAGCAUACGACAUAAUCAGCCAGACGUACACGGAGCGGGAGAAGUGCGGGCUGAAGGAGAUCAAGGCGUUCACGCUGCCCAUGGUCGCCGUGCCCGUGCGGAAACAUUCCGGGUACAGGGACCUGUUCGGCGCUAGACUACGGUGGCAGCGCGAGGUGGGUCUGAUGGACCGCAGCCGGCGCGUGUGGAUGACGGGGCGGCCGGUGUGCGCGGACGGCGGCGGCGGCUUCGUCAGCGUCGCGCUCGGCGACGUGCUGCCCGCCGCGCACGCGCUGCUCGCCGGCGCCGCGCUCGCUGUCGCGUUGCUGCUGCUCGAGAUCGUGCACGCGAAGUGCCAUAGGAGCAAGAGUAUUCAUUGAGUUCUGAA